AUGGUGACCGCUGAUGCAGCUCGAAACGUCGUCGGUAUCAUUGGCAAUGUCAUCUCCUUUGGCCUUUUCCUCUCCCCAGUUCCAACAUUUUACAGAAUCAUUAAGAAAAAGACGGUGGAAGAAUUCAGGCCGGACCCUUACAUUGCAACAGUGUUGAACUGCUUGUUCUGGUGUUUGUAUGGCAUGCCAUUUGUUCACCCAGACAGCCUUCUUGUGGUCACCAUUAAUGGAGUUGGGCUUGUUCUGGAGCUCGCAUAUCUUGCUGUCUUCUUCAUUUAUGCUCAGAGUAAAGGCAGGAAAAAGGUAGCUUUUGGGCUUGGCUUUGAUGUUGUUCUCUUUGUCGCCAUUGCCGCAAUAUCGCUAACAGCAUUGCACGGCACAAAGAAGAGGUCUCUGUUGGUCGGCAUUGUCUGUGAUAUUUUCAAUAUCAUAAUGUACGGUUCUCCUCUUACAAUCAUGGCAAAGGUUAUCAAAACCAAGAGUGUGAAAUACAUGCCAUUUUACCUCUCAUUGACCAACUUCCUAAAUGGUUGCUGCUGGACAGCUUAUGCUCUCAUCAAAUUUGACAUAUACAUGCUGGUCAGCAAUGGUCUUGGUGCAGUUUCUGGUGCUAUUCAACUCAUACUUUAUGCAGCGUACUUCAAGUCAACUCCAAAAGACGACGAUGACUUUGCUGGAAAGCCUAGUACUGAAGUGCAGCUCUCGAAUACAAAUGCGGCUGCUGCUGCUAGUGUCUGA